AUGAUGGAGCGCAGAAUAGUCUUUGGCGCUCGCUUCGGAGCAGCAGUAGCUGCUAAAUCCCAACAACAACUCCUGUCAUCCAGGAUUGUAGGGCGUCGGUGCUUGCCAUUUGCUAUUCACAGAUGCUAUGCUACAUCGAAUACUCUGGCGGGAACACCAAAACCAUCGUCCAGAAAGCAAGUGACGAUCGGUAAUGAUGAUGGUAGAGUUCCAUGGGGCCAGUUGUCAGCUGGGGAAAAGGCCGCACGCACAACCCAACAAGCGUUCAACUUUGGAGUGAUUCUUGCUGGAGCAGUCGGCCUUGCUGCUGUUAGCUACUAUCUCUACAUCGACGUCUUCUCCUCCGACAGCAAAACCAGACACUUCAAUCGUGCGGUUGACAGGAUCAGAGUAGACCCUCGUGCACUCAAUCUGCUUGGGUCUGGCCAAACAAUCAGAGCAUUUGGAGAACCGACAGCAAGCAAAUGGUCGAGGAACAGGCCCAUUGCCUCGAAUACAUAUACAGACAGAACUGGCAUCGAGCACUUUCAGAUGCACUUCAAUGUCGUAGGCUCAGAGCGGUCUGGAAUUGUGAAUCUACAUUUGGUGAAAGGCCCAGGCUCAGACUGGGACUAUCGGGUUUUUGCACUCGAUGUGCCAGGUCAGCCCAGGCUCUAUCUUGAAGGCGGUGAUGCUACUGCGGAACAGAAGAAGCCGGGCUUUAAGAUGCUAGGAGUCCAGUGGAGAUGA